CGCGCGCGACCCGAGCUGCCGCUCUCGGCGCCCGCCGCCAUGAUGGUGGGCAAGACCGGCGCCAUCGCCGCGGGCCUCUGCGGCGCCCUCUUCAUCGGCUACUGCAUCUACUUCGACCGCAAGCGCCGGAGCGACCCCAAUUUCAAGAACAGGCUGCGGGAGCGAAGGAAGAAACAGAAACUUGCCAAAGAGAGAGCUGGGCUUUCCAAGCUGCCUGAUCUGAAAGAUGCUGAAGCAGUUCARAAGUUUUUCCUUGAGGAGAUUCAACUUGGAGAGGAACUACUAGCUCAAGGUGAAUAUGAGAAAGGCGUUGAUCACUUGACCAAUGCUAUUGCUGUGUGUGGGCAGCCACAGCAGCUCCUGCAAGUUCUACAGCAGACUCUUCCUCCACCAGUAUUUCAAAUGCUUCUAACUAAGCUCCCUACAAUAAGCCAGAGAAUUGUAAGUGCACAGUGCUUGGCUGAAGAUGAUGUUGAAUGAGGUCACACCACAACAGGGGGGAAAAUUGUUUUCUUACCCCAGAAGAUGAGCAUCAGUAGGGGGGAUAAAGGGGCAAACAUAGUAGUUAAAUGAACUGUGUACCACACUGGGUUCUACCAGAGUUAAAAUUAACUUUGUGUAGGUGGGUUUCACAGGAUUUUAUUUAUUAUCCCAGUGAAAAGUGUAUUUUGAUAAGAAUUCAUUUUAUAAAUACACUGUGUUGAGUUAUCAAAGUAUCACUAACUUCAUUAUUAUUAAAAUAUGCAGUUGUAAUGUUGUACAUAUAAAGACAUAAAACUACGACCUAUUGAAAACCCAAUGCUCAUUUUUGAAAAAACAAAGUUAUGGCAAUAAAGAUUUAUCUGCACUUGUGUGUCCCGAUAGUGCUACUUUAAACCUCCAGACCUUGGGGUGUCAGAGCAAACAGUCUAAAAAGGAGUUUACAUUAAAAAAUACUUUUAAUGUUAUGGCUGGUCUUCCAGUGCUUUUAGUAACUAAGUUUAAAAUCUUGUGUAAUUUUCUGAGAAAACAGACAUGAUCAUUUAAACAGUGACUGUUCAUUCUAAAAAGCUGCAAAACAGAGUGGUGGUAGGUGACUGCCUGCAGGAAGAAUGACAAACCUAUUUCUGUCAGGAACAAUCACAUCUAUACUGCAAGUCCAACCUGUAUCUCUCAAGCAUGGAAGCUUUAUUAAUGCAGAAAUGUCUGAAAUAAAGGUGUUUGGAAUAGAACCUCGGGCAGCUUUUAAAACAGAGUAUUUUCCGUGAAGCUUCAAACCUUUUGUAAGGUAGGCAGAUAUCAUUUUGGCCUCUAGUCUUCAGAGCCACAGAAAAUAGUUGAUAACAAUUUUGACGUUUGCCUUAAAAAUUUCUGUGCUGAUGCAAGUUACAAAGGUAAGACAAUGAUAUCCCCGGAGUAAUUUUGUUAACAAUAAUAGAUUUAGAAAGGUGUCAUAAAAUUUCAGUACAGAGUGAUACUGUAAACUUGAAUUAGGUAAGUUUGCCAAUGAAAAGGAGGCAAGUAAGGUUGUGACUCAUGUUUCUUCUGGAAGUGUUUUUUUAAAAGCAAGUUUUCCAUGGAUAGAAUGUCCUGAAUUUCCCGAAUUAAAGCAGAUUGUCUCCUGCUGUUUUAAGGUUUGGGUUUUUGUUUGUUUGUUUUUGCUGUUGCCAUGGAGGUAGCAGAGGAAGCAAUUAAAAAUGCAGAUACAUAAUGAGUACUUUUGGCCUGUGUUAAGGAGAACAAAGGAAGAGAAUGCUUCAGCAUACCUCGCUGACAAGUGGUAUUUUGUGCCUACUGAUUCAAAUACAUUAAUAGUAACGUGCUAUGUGGAGAUAAUCCAGACAGAAGUGAUGCUCACUGAGAGAGCAUUAGCCAACAUGCCCAUCUCUGACUCAUUUCAGCCUAGUAAAGGUUUCUGCAAAGGCAGAUUCUUUCAAACCAUAGGUAUCAAUGUUUCAGAAAUUGCCUUGCACAGGGUAUUUCAGAGGUUAAGUGGAUGGAUAGUUCAUGGUUACCUGGCAAUCAAACACUUGAAUUUGGGAGUACAAAUGGCUCUGAGCUGAUCUGUGUACACCAUUAGAUUUGCUGUAGAUUGGUUAUUUCCCCCCUAACCUCUGCAAGAUACAAUUUCCCAAGAUUUUGAAGUAUUAUUGAAUCUUUAUAUAAUGGGGUAAAUGUGGAAACUAGUGGUUGAUAUAAGCGAAAACUUCUUGAAGAGCUGGCUAUAAUCUAGUGUUUUUGUUGUGUUUGGCUUGCUCAGGUAAUGCAGGGGAUAGGUUUAAUAUUCAGUAGCCAUAAUCUUUAUGUGACAAUGACUGGUUUGCUCUUUUCCUUUUAACUUGCUUCAGUUAUUCUGAAGUUACUCUGCUCCUAGAAUUUUGAGCUAAAAAUACUCUGAAGACUGUUAGGUUUAGGGGAUGCAGUUUGGUCCUUUUGAUGGAGUUUGCCUUUUACUUUUUAGUCUUUGCAGUUGCCUUGGAAACUUAAGUCACAGAUUGUGCUGAUAGAACUGCUCCUGUAUUUACC